AUACGGGCUAGCUCAAUUUGACAAAACUAGAAGCUGUUAAAAUUAGAAGGACUAAAGUGUUAAUAAAAGAAAAGUUCACUAGUUGUCGAUCUCAACUUUAAGAUAAUUUUCACCCGCCUCCAUUGUUACCGGAAUCUCUCUCUUUCUCCGCCGAACUUCUUCGAAUCAAGUUUCCGUUUAUCACUCUAAUAUUGUUAAAGUUUCCACUGAUACCACGUAAUUUCACUGGGUUAUCUUUAAUCCUAAGUUUAAGCUUUUGGGGCUAUAGUUCUUUCUUUUUCAUUGUCAAUUCUAGGGUUCCUCGCUGGGGUCUAUAUGUUCGCUGUGUUAAUUUAGGGUUUUCACUAGUCCGAAAACGAUAUUUUCGUGUUUCAUUAAGCUUAUAUUUUUCUUUACUAACUGCCUCUAGUUUAUAGAUGCUAUUUUCUGCAGAAUAAGCUUAGGCUAAGUUGAUACCUCUUAUAUGAAGCAGCUAUUAGGUGACCUAGAAUAAUUUGUUAGAUUUUGAAUUUUGAGCAUAUUAUUGGCGAAGCUGUUACUUUAUAGAUGCAAAUGUUUUAAUUCUAGGCGUUAUAUUUCUUUCUAACACAUGCUUUAUAACAAUAACUUGUUGAAGGAAGUGAAAUCUUCAAUGAAACUUUAACUGUUUGUAUAUGUAUAACGGGACUAAUGUGUGUUAUCUGGACUCUGAAUUUAUGUCAGCGCUCUAGUCAUGGCUGAAGCUGAAGAUCAGCAAAAUUUCGUUGCACACAAUGGAGAUCAGGUACCAGAUCAAGGGUCAGAUGAGUUGCAUAAUGGGUUACCGUACCAGGUUCAUGAUGAGACCCUUGUUCACCAACCAUACGAGGUUGAAGAUCCGAUUCUUGAACCUCAGCAGUACGAGGUACCAGAUCCGACUCUUGAACCACAGCAGUACGAGGUACCAGAUCAGACUCUUGAACCUCAGCAGUACGAGGUUGAUGAUCAGUUAGAGUAUCAUCAAUACCAGUUGCAGGACCAGGCUAAUGAAGAUGUCCAAGAUCAUUCGCAAGAUGACCUACAAUAUCAGCCACAAAAUCAGGAGCAGUUUCAGUUACAAGACGAGGCUCAUGAUCAGGCUCAGUAUCAGGCGCAAGGUGAUGUACAAGAUCACAAUGGUGAUGAAGUGCAAGAUAAAGUAGAAGAUGAGGAAGGAAUUCCUGAGCAUCUUGAGUCUCUACAGAAAUCAGAGCCUGAAGAAGAUGCGACAGUUGGAGGUGAGGAGAAGAGGUGGCCGGGAUGGCCCGGAGAGACGGUAUUCCGUAUGCUGGUUCCUGCACAGAAAGUGGGUAGCAUCAUUGGUCGCAAAGGUGAUGUCAUUAAGAAAAUAGUUGAGGAGACAAGGGCUCGAAUAAAGAUUCUCGAUGGUCCUCCAGGCACAACAGAAAGAGCUGUUAUGGUUUCUGGUAAAGAAGAGCCCGAAUCAUCUCUACCACCUUCUAUGGAUGGCCUUCUUAGAGUCCACAUGCGGAUAGUUGAUGGUUUGGAUGGUGAAGCUUCUCAAGCCCCUCCGCCUUCAAAGGUGUCAACAAGAUUACUAGUCCCAGCAUCUCAGGCUGGAAGUUUGAUUGGAAAACAGGGAGGAACAGUUAAAGCUAUUCAAGAAGCAUCCGCUUGUAUAGUCAGAGUUCUUGGAUCAGAGGAUUUACCUGUUUUUGCUCUUCAAGACGAUAGGGUUGUUGAAGUUGUGGGGGAACCAACAAGUGUUCAUAGAGCCUUGGAGCUGAUUGCGUCACAUCUCAGAAAGUUCUUGGUUGAUCGUAGCAUCAUCCCAUUCUUUGAAAAUCAGAUGCAAAAGCCAACUCGCCAAAUGGACCAUAUGCCACCACCACACCAGUCAUGGGGUCCUCCUCAAGGUCAUGCCCCAAGUGUUGGUGGAGGAGGCUAUGGUCACAACCCACCUCCAUAUAUGCAACCACCUCCUAGACAUGAUAGUUACUAUCCUCCUCCUGAGAUGCGUCAACCUCCAAUGGAGAAACAGCCUCAUCAAGGUAUAUCUGCAUAUGGUAGAGAGCCUCCUAUGAAUGUGCACGUAUCAUCAGCCCCACCAAUGGUCGCUCAGCAAGUUACGCAGCAAAUGCAGAUUCCACUGUCUUAUGCUGAUGCUGUAAUUGGGACGUCGGGUUCAAACAUAAGCUACACUAGACGUCUUAGUGGAGCAACAGUAACUAUUCAGGAGACCAGGGGAGUACCUGGUGAAAUGACUGUUGAGGUUAGCGGAACUGGCUCACAAGUCCAAACUGCCGUGCAGCUUAUUCAGAACUUCAUGGCUGAAGCUGGAGCGCCGGCACCAGCACAGCCUCAAACUGUAGCACCAGAGCAGCAAGGCUAUAACCCAUACGCAACACACGGCUCAGUUUACGCAGCGGCUCCAACAAACCCGCCUGGAGGAUACGCUACGGAUUACAGCUCAGGCUACGGUUACUGAUGAAAGAUUUUAAGUUUCUUUAGAAUGUUUUACUAGUAGUUGCAAGCAAGAGUGGAAACGCUAGAUGCCUAAUCGAGUAUAUGUUGUUAUUAGCGAGCACUCUGUGUACUGACAAUCAAUUAUUAUAUCACUUGUUUUGAGACUUCUUCAUUUGUGUACUAUUCAUAACAUUGAUCUAACCGGAAAUCUUCUUUAUAUUCAAAAAAAGU